CUUUUGUUGGUGAUCAUCCUUGUCUCAGAUCCUCUUUAAGAAAAAAAAAUCCAUUUUCUACUUUUGAAAAGCUUUUGUUCUUAGAUUCUUCUCUCCCUCUCUCGUCUUUUGUGAUCAUUUGGGAUCCUUUUUCUUUCCCCUUUUUCCUGUCACCGUUGUGUUCUCGUUUCAGCUAUUCUGAUCUCCGAUCGAACGUUGAGUCAAACCGACGCUUAACCGUGACUUAGGUUCGGAGAAAUUUACAACCUCUUCCCCGGUGAAAAGCUCUGUUCCAGAGAUAAAUUUUCAAAUUUUCGAAUUUUGUUAAGGUGUUUUUUUUGAUGAUGUUGAGCGAAACUAUUGGGGUGUGAAGUAGUAUGUAUGGAAGUGAAAGAACAUCAAUAAAGAAUGACGCUUUAUAUUCGCCGCGAAGCUUCUAAGCUAUGGAAGCGAGUUUGUUCGGAAAUAACGACGGAGAUUGGUCUUCUCGCCGACAACUGGAAAUACCUUCUUGCUGGUCUUCUCUGUCAGUAUAUUCAUGGUUUAGCUGCUAGGGGAGUUCACUAUAUUCAUCGGCCUGGACCAACCCUUCAAGAUCUUGGAUAUAUUCUUCUUCCGGAGCUUGGUCAAGAUAAAAGUUACAUAAGUGAAACUGUGUUUACUUGUGUAUUUCUUUCUUUUGUCCUGUGGACUUUCCAUCCUUUCAUCAUAAAAAGCAAGAAGAUAUACACUGUGUUGAUAUGGUGCAGAGUUCUCGCCUUCUUAGUUGCUUGUCAGUUUCUCCGUGUAAUAACAUUCUAUUCCACUCAGCUUCCAGGUCCUAACUAUCACUGUCGAGAGGGUUCUGAGCUUGCCAGGUUGCCAAGACCACAUAGCGUUCUUGAGGUUCUCUUGCUUAACUUUCCUCGUGGGGUUAUAUACGGAUGUGGAGAUUUGAUUUUCUCAUCGCAUAUGAUAUUCACACUAGUCUUUGUCCUCACUUACCAGAAGUACGGUUCUAAAAGGUUCAUAAAGCUAUUAGGUUGGACCAUAGCUAUCUUACAGAGCCUCUUGAUUAUUGCGUCACGUAAACAUUACACAGUCGAUGUUGUGGUUGCUUGGUAUACAGUGAACUUGGUUGUGUUCUUCCUCGACAAGAAACUACCAGAGUUGCCUGAUCGGACAACCAUGUUGCUUCCAGUGAGCUCUAAAGACAGAACCAAAGAAGAGAAUCACAAACUCUUGAACGGGAACGGUGUUGAUCCUGCAGAUAGGAGACCGAGGGCUCAAGUGAAUGGCAACGGAGGUCACAAUGACAGUGCUACUAAUGGCGCAUGAGAACUCAAGUUUAGUUUUUUGGAUCGUUGGGUUUUGAUAAAUAUGAUAAUAUGAUUAUAGAUUCAGAAAAGAGGAGAAACAAAAAGACAGAGUCAGCUUGUACAUUUUCAGUUUCUUGCUUCUCAAGUAUGUCCAUGUUUGUGUAACACGAAACAAAUCUCUUAUACAUAUUAACCAACCCCAUUUUCGGUUUUUGCGUGUGUAUUCAGUGUUCAUAAACAAUUAGAUACUGUAUAUAACACCUUGUUACAACAGUUCCUAAACUCUUAAAUAAUUCUUAGACUAUAAUAGGCUUAACCGUAUGAAGUUUUAUAGGGCUUUAUUUAUGAAAAAAAAAACCAUUUUCGAUUUCUAAAGGGAGUGAGUGUAGAGAGACAUAGGAAAAAAAAGAGAGAGAGGGAGAGAG